UGAUCGCUGACGACGGAAGCACGCGAAGGGGGGAAGCGGCGGGGCUCCGAUCCGGCGCCCCGGUCCCUUCUGCCUCUCACCGACCCGCCGUGACGUCAGGUCCGUAGCUGUCCUCACGGCGGCGGUGCUGAACAAGAUGGCUGUGCGUCCGGGAGCGGAGAGCUGAGGCGACCGGCGCUACACCCAGAAACGCUCUCUGCGCCACGGAGAAGCUGGGGGCGCGCCCUGCGGUGCCGCUUAUAACGCAUCUAUACCGUGCGGCACUGCGCUGUGAUAUGCGCGUACGGACAGCGGCUGCAUUUCCUCGCCUGUCCGACAAAUCGCUGCGAAAAGAUACACGGGGAGCCGGGAGGAGACAGCUGGGAGCGCUCAUUGCCAGAAUAAGAGAUGUCACUGCUGUGUGUCGGAGUGAAGAAGGCCAAACUCGAUGGACCCCAAGAGAAAUUCAACACCUACGUGUCCCUGAAGGUGCAGAAUGUCAAGAGUACCACCAUAGCUGUACGGGGCAGCCAGCCCAGCUGGGAGCAAGACUUCAUGUUUGAGAUUAACAGACUGGAUCUGGGCCUAACGGUGGAGGUCUGGAACAAAGGGCUGAUCUGGGACACCAUGGUGGGCACGGUGUGGAUCCCUCUGCGGAACAUCCACCAGUCCAAUGAGGAAGGCCCAGGACAGUGGGUGACGCUGGACUCGCAGGUCAUCAUGGCGGAAAAUGAAAUCUGUGGCACCAAAGACCCCACCUUCCACCGCGUCCUUCUGGACACGCGCUUCGAGCUGCCGCUGGAUAUCCCAGAGGAGGAGGCGCGCUAUUGGGCCAAAAAACUGGAGCAGCUCAACGCCAUGAGAGACCAGGACUACACUUGCCAGGAAGAGCAAGAUAGACCUUUGCCAGUUCCAGCCACACAGUGCUGUAAUUGGAGUCUUUGGGGAGACCAGCAAAACGAGGAUCCUGACAGCGCGGUGGACGACCGGGACAGCGACUACCGCAGCGAGACCAGCAACAGCAUACCCCCUCCGUAUUACACCACCUCUCAGCCUAACGCCUCCAUGCACCAGUAUCCCAUGAGGCAUCAGCAGCACGGCAUCCGAGGUCCGUACGGCGACUCCAUGCAUGGCUGCGACCUCGACUACGACCACCAGAGGGCGAUGAGCCCCACCGGCAGCAGCCGCUACGCCUCCUCCGGGGAGUUGAGUCGCGGCAGCUCCCAGCUUAGUGAGGAGUUUGGCCCUGAGGACGGGGAGAGCCUAAGGGGCUCCGAGAUUUACGACGAGAACGACUCCUACCACUCUUGCCACUCCUCCGUUAGCUAUGGCAAGGAGUCACCCGACUGGGACCCAGAUGAGCCGCAGGGUGGGUACAGCGACGAGGGCGGCUACAUCAAGGACGGAGGAGAGGAGGGUGCUCUCUACGACGAGGAGGAUGGCGAACUGUAUGGGACCGAGGAUGGCGAGCGUGCGUAUGAGGAGGAAGAGGAGGCCGAGCGCACCUAUGAGGAGGAAGAGGAGGACAUGAUGUAUGGGGAGGAUGAGGACCUCUAUCCCCUCGAUGGCACGCCGAGCGAAGAUCAGGAGCCGCCGUACACACCGAGCCAAACCAGCAUGGGCGGCACUCCGGGCCUGGAGACCCCCGCUGCGAGACCCCCCCUGGAAAAACAGACCUCCAUGCAUGGGCAGCAGCCUCCCCAGGCCCAGCUUCACACCCAGCCCCCCAUCAGCCAGCCACAGGCCCCAACCUUCCCCCUGCCACAGGCCGCUAUUUCCAAGCCCCCACCAAUGGCAAGCCAAUCCACCCCCAUGAGCCAAACCACCGCGCCCCCUGUUCAGGCCCCCGAGGCGGUCCUCAGGAAAGCCGCCUCCAUAGAGGAACCUCCCGCUUCCGAAGACAUUCUAGAAGACGAGGAUACCUUGGUUGCUACGCCAACAGAGGAAGCAGAGGCACCGCCUGACAGCUACCCCAUGGUUGAGGAGCCCCUGGACCCAGCGGUCCGCGCCAAGGCCAACUGGUUGAGGCUCUUCAACAAGGUGCGCCUCCAGCUGCAGGAGGCCCGUGGUGAGACCGCCGGGUCCCAGUCGCCGUGGUUUCCAGGAGGACCAGGUGGGGCGCUCUAUAGCAUUGACAGCAUGCCAGAUCUUCGAAAGAGGAAAGCCAUCCCCCUGGUCAGAGACUUGGCCAUGUCUCUGGUCCAGAACUCUCGGAAGGCAGGCAUCACCUCCGCGUUGGCGUCCAGCACGCUGAACAACGAAGAGCUGAAGAGCCACGUGUACCGCAAGACACUUCAGGCACUGAUCUACCCCAUCUCCUGCACCACGCCGCACAACUUCGAGGUGUGGACUGCCACCACACCUACCUACUGCUAUGAGUGCGAGGGACUCCUGUGGGGUAUCGCACGCCAGGGCAUGCGCUGCACCGAGUGUGGCGUCAAGUGCCACGAAAAGUGCCAAGACCUGCUCAACGCUGAUUGCCUGCAAAGGGCAGCGGAGAAGAGCUCCAAGCACGGGGCAGAGGACCGGACCCAGAACAUCAUCAUGGUGCUGAAAGACCGCAUGAAGAUCCGAGAGCGGAACAAACCGGAGAUCUUCGAGAUGAUCCAGGAAGUCUUCACCGUGGUCAAGGCCACCCAUGUCACGCAGAUGAAGCAGAUCAAGCAGAGCGUGUUGGACGGUACCUCCAAGUGGUCGGCUAAGAUCAGCAUCACAGUUCUGUGUGCCCAGGGUCUCCAGGCGAAGGACAAAACAGGCUCUAGUGACCCCUAUGUCACCGUUCAAGUCGGGAAGACCAAAAAGAGAACUAAGACUAUCUAUGGAAAUCUGAAUCCUGUGUGGGACGAGAACUUCCAUUUCGAGUGCCACAACUCAUCAGACCGCAUCAAAGUGCGGGUGUGGGAUGAGGAUGACGACAUCAAGUCCCGGGUCAAGCAGAAGUUCAAGAGAGAGUCCGACGACUUCCUGGGGCAGACCAUCAUUGAGGUGCGCACCCUCAGCGGGGAGAUGGACGUGUGGUACAACUUGGACAAGCGCACAGAUAAGUCUGCAGUAUCUGGGGCCAUUCGGAUGCACAUCAGUGUGGAGAUCAAGGGGGAGGAGACAGUGGCUCCCUACCACGUCCAGUACACCUGUCUCCAUGAGCACCUGUUCCACUACGUGACCGACGGUCAGAACAACGGCGUGGUGAAGAUCCCGGAUGCCAAGGGUGACGAUGCCUGGAAGGUGUACUUUGAGGAGACGCCGCAGGAGAUCGUGGAUGAGUUCGCAAUGCGCUACGGCGUGGAGUCCAUCUACCAGGCCAUGACUCACUUUGCCUGCUUGUCAUCAAAGUACAUGUGCCCUGGCGUACCAGCGGUGAUGAGCACCCUGCUGGCCAACAUCAACGCCUACUACGCCCACACCACCCAAGCCACCAACAACGUGUCCGCCUCCGACCGCUUCGCCGCCUCCAACUUCGGGAAAGAACGCUUUGUCAAGCUCUUGGACCAGCUGCACAACUCUCUGCGGAUUGACCUCUCCAUGUACCGGAACAACUUCCCCGCCAGUAGUACUGAGAGACUGCAGGAUCUGAAAUCCACAGUGGACCUGCUUACUAGUAUCACUUUCUUCAGAAUGAAGGUCCAGGAACUGCAGAGUCCACCUCGAGCCAGUCAGGUAGUGAAGGACUGUGUGAAGGCCUGCCUGAACUCCACCUAUGAGUACAUCUUCAACAACUGCCACGAGCUCUACAGCCGCGAGUAUCAGACUGACCCGAACAAAAAGGGGGAAGUUCCUCCAGAAGAACAAGGUCCCAGCAUCAAGAACCUAGACUUCUGGUCCAAACUCAUCACCCUUAUUGUGUCCAUUAUAGAGGAGGACAAGAACUCCUAUACCCCUUGCCUCAACCAGUUCCCUCAGGAACUGAACGUAGGGAAGAUCAGCGCAGAGGUGAUGUGGAACCUGUUUGCUCAGGACAUGAAGUAUGCUAUGGAGGAGCAUGACAAGAACCGCUUGUGUAAGAGUGCGGACUACAUGAACCUACACUUCAAGGUGAAGUGGCUGUACAAUGAGUACUGCAAAGACCUGCCUUUCUUCAAGAGCCGCGUCCCAGAAUACCCGGCGUGGUUCGAGCCAUUUGUGAUUCAGUGGCUGGAUGAGAACGAGGAAGUCUCAAGGGAUUUCUUGCACGGCGCCUUGGAGCGAGACAAAAAGGAUGGCUUCCAGCAGACCUCUGAGCACGCCCUCUUCUCCUGCUCUGUGGUGGAUGUCUUUUCUCAACUCAACCAGAGCUUCGAGAUCAUCAAGAAGUUAGAGUGCCCUGAUCCUCAGAUCGUGGGUCAUUACAUGAAGAGGUUUGCUAAGACUAUCAGCAACGUUCUCCUUUCCUAUGCUGACAUUAUUGCUAAGGACUUUGCCAAUUACUGUUCCAAAGAGAAAGUGCCCUGCAUCCUCAUCAACAACAUUCAGCAGUUACGAGUCCAGCUUGAGAAGAUGUUCGAGGCCAUGGGAGGGAAAGAUCUUAAUGUGGAGGCCAGCGAUAUCCUGAAGGAGCUACAGGUAAAACUCAACAACGUUCUGGAUGAUCUCAGCAGGGUUUUUGCCACCAGUUUCCAGCCGCACAUAGAGGAGUGUGUGAAGCAGAUGGGUGACAUCCUGAGCCAGGUGAAGGGCACGGGCAAUGUGCCAGCCAGCGCCUGUAGCAGCGUCGCCCAGGACGCCGACAACGUGCUGCAGCCUAUCAUGGACUUCCUGGACAGCAACCUGACGCUGUUCGCUAAGAUCUGUGAGAAGACCGUGCUGAAGCGAGUGCUGAAGGAGCUGUGGAAGCUGGUGAUGAACACCAUGGAGAAAACUAUUGUGCUGCCGCCUCUGACCGACCAAACGGGAACCCAGCUCAUCUUCAACGCUGCUAAGGAGUUGGGGCAGCUCUCCAAGCUCAAGGAGCACAUGGUGCGUGAGGAGGCCAAAGCACUGUCCCCCAAGCAGUGUGCCGUGGUGGAACUGGCCCUGGAUACCAUCAAGCAAUACUUCCAUGCAGGCGGAGUGGGGCUGAAGAAGACCUUCCUGGAGAAGAGUCCAGACUUGCAGUCCUUGCACUACGCCCUCUCCCUCUAUACUCAGGCCACAGACAAGCUCAUCAAGACCUUCGUCCAGUCACAGAAUGCACAGAUUCACGGAGGGAAAGGGGUGAGAUACACCCUUUCCGAGGAUACGUACCCAGAGAAGGGUUCAGGUGUGGACGACGCAGUGGGAGAAGUUUCCAUCCACGUGGAGAUCUUCACCCACCCCAACACAGGCGAACACAAGGUCACAGUGAAAGUGGUGGCAGCGAACGAUUUGAGGUGGCAGACAUCUGGAAUUUUCCGUCCCUUCGUGGAGGUUUAUAUCAUUGGGCCGCAUCUCAGCGACAAGAAGAGAAAAUUUGCCACCAAAUCCAAAAACAACAGUUGGGCUCCUAAAUACAAUGAAACCUUCCAAUUCACUCUCAGCAGCGAGGUGGGGCCCGAGUGCUACGAACUGCAGGUGUGCGUGAAGGACUACUGUUUCGCCCGGGAAGACCGCACAGUUGGCAUGGCGGUGAUGCAGCUGAAGGACAUUGUGGCGCGUGGCAGCGCCGCCUGCUGGCUGCCCCUGGGAAAGCGGGUCCACAUGGACGAGACAGGCCUAACCGUCUUGCGUAUCCUGUCACAACGCAACAACGACGACGUGGCCAAGGAGUUCGUCAAGCUCAAGUCCGACCAGCGCUCUGCCGAAGAGGGCAGGGGGAGCUAGGGACUGAGGUGAAGGCGCCCCCUAACUGUGAAUAUGAGCUCUGCAGCCAACAGCAUACUGCCCUCUGUCUUUCCACUCACCUUUCCACUCACACUGCCGAGGAGCAGCUGCCUGUUCCGCCUUCCAGUCUGAAACAUAAACGCUACAUUAGUGCAAGUGUCUCUUUCAUAAAGAAACAUGCAUUUGAUCCAGACAGACCUUACUCUACUUCGUCAGUUGGUGGCGCCGAAAUUCUAUCAGUCGCACUUUUCGAUUGAGCCAGACGUCCACCUCAAGGUUCCAAUAUUUGAUGUUGUCAGUCGCCAACUGAAAAAAAACGUCAGACUUGCAGAGUAAAAUUAUAUUUAACUGUGUAUAAAAUAUGUUAUAUUUUUAGCUGAUGAAGUAAAAUCUAAAAUAUCGAGAUACGGUAGCGUGUAUGAAGCUGAGAAAAGAGCAUUAUUCCCCCACGAUGUCCUGUCCUUCUCACGCUCUGAUCUCACUUCUCUCCUCUCUACUCCAAAUCCUCCUCUAUCUGCAUUGUCUGAGCAGAUGAAUCCGCACAGGAGGCUGUACUGUGCACAUCCCUGAUAUUAACGUAUGAACAUUCUGGGACAGAUAGUCAGGAUCGGUGUCCCUCUGUUUCUUUACUCCUCAAACUCCUUCAAGCCCAUCAGCCACACAAUCUCAACGCUGGGCAACAAAAAAAACAAGAUAUUUGGAGCCACAUCUAGGCGAGCUCUACAGACCUUAUAUUCCUCGGUGUUGCAUAUGGAAUCUUCAUGAAGUGUCAAAGGGUUAAGGCAAUUCCAGUUAUCGUCAUUUAAGUGAUAUUUCACAUGAGAAAAAAGAAGAUUGCUCCUAAGCUUUAUGUGUAGAUGUCAUGCAUUAGUGAGAGUAACUACCUCCAUGUGUCUCUACACAUGUCCAGGAGCCCCGCCCCCGCGACAUGCUGCCCUGUCUUGUCGGCCACCCUUCUCUGUGUAUAUAUGUAGUUCUCCGCAUGAUGAAAGCGCUUUUCCUCCAGCAUGAAAUAGACGUGUCCUUGUUGAUCGUGGUCGGCGGAGGCCAGUAGACCAAUGUAUCGCCAAUAGUGGCCGAGGCCAAAUAAGAGAGGACAGCGGUGUUAAGUGAAAGCCGUAUCGGUCUAGGCAGUCAACUUGAGAACCUUGCCAAUCGUCUACUACGCGGGGACAGUGGCAAAUCCAUUGCCGAAUAUUUGCCCGCUGCUUAGCUAGUUACAGUCCACUGCAGAGACCUGAAACUGGGCAGCACAUCGUAGCAAAAAUGCAGUGGGCAUGAAGAUGUUGAAGAUGUUCACCAUUUUGUUUCCAGAAGAACGCGCAUUCUCCAUUUCCUGACCCAGUGUAACACCAACGUGGGUGGAUUGCCACGGCAACAUUGCGGUCCUGCUAACCUACCCUCCUCUCCCCUACUUGUACCCCCUCCGGGAAAGCACAACGACAGUCCCCCGGCACCUGUCUGACUUACGCACGCAGACCGGGCUGCCGGGACAGACGCAAAGGGCUACCCGACCACUUCCCCUCCGAAAUCCGCACUGCUUGGCAGCCGAGACGAGAUCGCCAACAUGGGUGGGCCCCCCUGGGCCCCCCCCCCGUCACCACGGGCUGUGGUGGCACCAGUGACGCAGAUGACACCAGCCUUUUCCUCCCCGCCAUUAGAAGAAAGUGUCCCAAGCAAAGGUGAGGGUGUAAUGAAGACAUGCGUCUUCCUUAGGAUUUAUUAUCAGAUAAUAUUUCAGAAUCCCCACAUUUGGAGAGCAUGACAUCUUCAAGUGAACCUGUUGAGGUAGUCAGUUUGUUAUCCUGAGUAUAGAUGAGUCAGCUGAUUCUCUUUGGGUUUGGGAGUAUUACGUCCAGUGAACCUAUCAGGAAAGUCUGACACAUUUUGCAGGACUCCUAUUGGCUGAGUAGUAGCCAGAAGUGCCAUUUGUACCCUGUUCUAUGAGUGUUCCUAUGUGUGCGUAGGAAGUACACAAAUUGAUCCCCAAAAAGCACUUCGUAUCGACGUCUUACGGUGUCUCCCGCGGUUAAUUUCGGUUUACCUCUAUGCAUUCUGUAAAACAAUGAAACAGACCCGUCCAUUCUGAUUAGUCCUGAAAUGUUUACAGUACAAAUUAUUAAUGUUAGCACAAGUGCUUGAUACGCAUGUCAUGCCAGGGUAAGAUAUAGCUAACGUCGGCCUUUGGCUGGUAGGAUGGAAAACAGCAAAUGGAUGCUUCAUCUCAAAAUGAAGAAAAGGAGAAUAUUAAACAUUAAUUGCAACAGCUGUUUACUGCUACUAAACAGGAGUUAAAUGUGACAGUGUAGGUGGUGUUUAGUGGUACUAAAUUUUAGGCAAUAGCUAAAUGGAUCUUCUCAGAGGGAAACCGUGAUGCAUUCCUCUUCUACAUAUGACACAAAGAGUUAUGCGAAUUCACUGUAUGGCAGGGAUUCGGCCAUUAGAGCCAAUAAUCAGCUGGUUUUGGUUGUAGCUUGUGUGUAAAUGCCAUUAUUUUCAUUAUCAGUCAGCUUGCAUUUGGUGCCACAUCAGUUGGGCAGUAAAUAUUGUUAAAUAUUGAGUUGAAUAACAUCCCUUCAGUGUUGACGUUAUCUGUAUGGGCGGUACUGCGUUAGAAAAUUCUCUAAAUUAACCUUGUGUAGGAAACUGCUUUGGAAGCUGUGGCACGAUGUUCAUGCCAUUGACGAUUUUGAUCGAUGCCCAAAACCCAAGGCCUGCAAUCGGUCAGCGUGGGUGCUUGAAUUAACACGGACACCCAGGAACCUGCAUGCAAGAGUGCAUAAACAGACCGAAGCACAAAAACAUCUGAGAAAAACUAACACACAAGCAUGCAGACAGGAGAAAUGACACCCACCCUGUAAAUAAGGAGUGCAUGAAGGGAAGCGUCUUCCUUUAGCUGCACGUGACUUUUUGAUGUGACUCGCUGACUAUUGUCUUUUUUCUUUUUUUUUUUAAAUUUUAUUUCCAACCUGAGUAAUUUAAUUUUCGGUUUUUCUAUUUUUCGAAGGCUUGUGAAUAUAUAAAUAUGUAUUACUGAUGUGUAGUGGUACAAAGUACACGCAUGAGAGAAUUUUUUUAUACAGAGAUGUUUAUAAUUUUUUUUAUUAUUAUGAUUGUUCUUAUUGGGGAUAGAGGUGGGGGAUUGCAGCAUCGCUGUUUCUGCUUCCAAUAAAAACUUCCGGAAAGAAUGCA